UUGGAAUUUAAUCUCUUGUUGUAACAUGGGAUUAGGAGAAAUGAGUAAGGACGUGACUAUGAAGGUGAUUAAGCUCUUAACGCUGGCGAUCAUUGGGGAGGCUAUGGUGAUUUGGAUCAUGAUGCCAACUUCUACUUACAAGAAGAUCUGGUUAACAUCCAUGCGUGCCAAGCUCGGCAAAACGCCUACUUUCGGGAAACCAGGAGUGAAUCUUCUGGUUUACAUGUUCCCGUUGAUUCUGCUGGCUUUUCUGGGAUCUAUCUACCUUCACUUGAAGAAACAAACUGUUGACCAAUUUCAUAGUGGGUUGUUGAAGAAGAAGAGAGACAAGUUCGGUGCAUUGAGAAAACCAAUGUUUGUGAAGGGGCCAUUAGGGAUAGUGACAGUGACGGAGGUUAUGUUCUUGACGAUGUUCAUGACUCUUCUUCUUUGGAGCUUAACCAAUUACUUUUAUUAUACUUUUGUCACCAUCACUCCUCACUCAGCACCAGUCCACGGAGAUAAUAUAUGGGAAGCAAGACUUAAUUCGAUAGCAGUACGGUUAGGUCUAGCAGGGAACAUAUGCUUGGCCUUCUUGUUCUACCCAGUGGCUCGCGGCUCGCCGCUGCUGGCUGCAGUUGGACUUACGUCAGAAUCAAGCAUCAAGUACCAUAUAUGGCUCGGCCACUUGGCCAUGACCUUAUUCACAUGCCACGGCCUUUGUUACGUUAUCUAUUGGAUAUCCACAAAUCAAGUCUAUCAGAUGGUGGAAUGGGAUAGGACGGGUAUCUCGAAUAUAGCCGGAGAGAUAGCUUUGGUGGCCGGACUUGUAAUGUGGGCCACCACAUUCCCGGCAAUAAGAAGGAGAUUCUUCGAAGUCUUCUACUACACUCACCACCUCUACAUCGUCUUCAUGCUCUUCUUUGUCUUCCACGUUGGCAUAUCUCACUCGUUGAUCUCUUUACCCGGUUUCUACAUCUUCAUCACCGAUCGUUUCUUGAGAUUUCUCCAGUCGCGCAACAAUGUCAAGCUAGUCUCUGCUCGUGUCCUUCCUUGUGACACCGUCGAGCUCUCUUUCUCCAAAAACCCUUUGCUGAUGUAUAGCCCGACGAGUAUAUUGUUUGUGAACAUACCGAGUAUUUCCAAGCUUCAGUGGCAUCCAUUUACCAUAACUUCAAGCAGCAAACUCGAACCAGAGAAGCUAAGUGUUAUGAUCAAGGGCCAAGGCAAAUGGUCUACUAAGCUUUACCAGAUGCUUUCUUCUCCUGAUAAGAUCGAUCGCCUCACUGUUUCCAUUGAAGGACCAUACGGCCCUAGUUCCACUGAUUUCUUACGACAUGACUCUCUGGUCAUGGUGAGUGGAGGCAGUGGGAUUACACCGUUCAUCUCCAUUAUCCGCGACCUAAUCUACUCUAGCUCAACUACUACUUGUAAAAUCCCCAAAGUGACGCUAAUCUGCGCGUUUAAGAAAUCCUCUGACCUCUCCAUGCUCGACCUAAUCUUACCUAUCUCCGGUGAGAAUAUAUCCUCGUACUUAGAUAUCCAGAUCAAAGCCUUCGUCACCCGAGAGACGGAAUCAACUCACAACAAGAAGAACGUCAUCAAACCCCUCUGUUUCAAACCACAUGUCUCAGACCAACCCAUCUCACCCAUCCUUGGACCCAACUCAUGGCUCUGUCUCGCCACCAUCCUCUCUUCUUCAUUCAUGAUCUUUGUUAUCAUCAUUGGAAUCAUCACCAGAUAUCACAUUUACCCAAUCGAGCAUGGCUUGAGUAAGUUUACAUCGGCUUAUAAAUCUGCCAUUUACCUUCUAGCAAUCUCCUUUAGCGUGGCGGCUACGUCUUCAAUCGCUGUGUUGUGUAACAAAAAGAAGUAUUAUACAAAAAAUGACCAAGCCGUCGAAGGUUUGUCCCCGUUGAUGACCGAAAGCUCGCCACAACAGUUGCUCUCGCAAUCCACCAGCAUUCAUUACGGAGAAAGGCCUAAUCUUAAUCAGCUUCUAGUAGGUUUAAAGGGUUCAAGUGUGGGAGUGCUUGUGUGUGGUCCGAGGAAGAUGAGGCAAGAGGUUGCAAAGAUAUGCUCCUUUCCUUCCCCUGAGAAUCUUCAGUUUGAAUCUAUCAGCUUCAGCUGGUGAAUGAUUCUAUAUUAUGUGACAUUUGUUUGCUUGCAAAAGAAGUAAAGGGGUUUAGAUAGUAGUUGACACAUUUUGAGGAUAAGCACAUCAAUUUUCACCUGAUAACAAAUAUGUCACAUAGUCACCUGAGGAUUUACAGUUUAAGUGAUUUAUAAUGGCAUAAUAAUUUCAUUUUUCUUUUGUCAUCCGUAAAAUAAAAAGACAAGACAAAAACAGAGGCCCAAACGUUUGCCUCUUCACCCAUGAGAUUAUGAGGCCGAAGGCCAUCAACUAUCUACUCUCUUUGGAAGGAACCAAACAACUAUUCAAGUAUCCAGGUUGAGAGAAAUUGAUCGACACCAUGCUGGCCAAAGGUAAGAGGAAGAAGUGUCAACUACUCAUCUGUGAUCAACCAGUAGUAGUAUGUGGACAAAAAGUAGGUAAAGAUUCAACCGCCGCUUUGCAGUUAGAGACUACUUGAAUACUAUUGACAUGCCAUUCAUGCUGUAAGCUCCCCAUGUCGAUAAAAUACAUUUCAGUAUAGCCUACAUAGUGCACGAGCUGGUAGGUGACAUUUAUAUUUUCUAGUAAAUAAUUUUGCAAUUCCAUAUAAAAUAACAAAGAUAUCAUGUCUCAUUAUUUAGAUUAAUAAAUUAAGAGUCAACAUGAGUGAUAAGAUAAUUUUCUAUAAUUGUUAUUAGGUUGGCAAGCCAUCUAAUGUUCAC